GCCAGUUACUAUAUAAGAUGACAUGCUCGUAGGAAAUUUUGUCAUACAUCCCGGUGGUUCAUUCUAAGGUGAAGUUUUUUUCGGGUAUUCUAUGAGGCAGUCCGGUAGGGGAGGCGAAGAGGAGGCUAGGCAACUGGGCAUGUUGCCUUCUUGUGAUUCUAUAUAAAACAUAUCGUGGCGAUAUUUGUGAAUUGAUAGAUUCAUUUACAAAUUCAACUUUUCUUUUCUAAAGGUAGAUCAGCAAUCAAAUGAUUGAAUUUGGAACUAAAACUUGACAUGCAAAUGAUAGCAUUACAAGUUUAUAUGAAAGUUUAUAUGAAACUUGAACUUGAAUGAAGAUCUAUUUUGAAGAAUCGAGCUGCAUGGAGAGGUAAUAAUUACUGCAUCCAAAGCGUCGAGUUGCAAACAGCGUUGUCUCGUUGACAGCCGUUUCAUCGGGUUUGCAAAAGUCAUUUCCUGGUACGAACGAGCGUGAGGCCGAGGAAGAAAUUAAAAUGCCUGGAUCAUUGAGUUUAUCACCACAGCAGCGGUUUCUUGAGAAUUUUAUGAAGCUUGGCACUCAUGUGGAUGCAGAAAAACCUAAUUUCAUGUGCGAAAACGACGGUAGAUUAUACUUUCGUGUGGACUCCGUGAAAUUCGAAGACCUCUACGAUUGGUCAAACCCCGAUCACAAAUGGAGGAGUCAUCGGGUUAGCGGUCGUCAGUUGAGACGAUCAAACAGUAUGCCGACUGGGAGUCUGGUGGAGCUCAACGAGGAGGGCAUCGCACUCUUCCGCUUCAAGAAUCUGCUGUUUGCCAUCAAGGAGAAGUGCCCACAUUUAGGGGGACCCCUUCACAUGGGUGAUAUCGAGGUCUUACCGGACAUGUCCAUCUGUGUGAAGUGUCCCUGGCAUAAAUGGCGCAUUGACCUGACCUCCGGAGAGGUCAAAUCACCAAAAGGUCGCACAGAGGUCAGCUCGGUGACCUUUCCCACCAAGAUUGAUGAUAACGGGACCAUCUUCAUCGGGUUCCAGAACUUCAGCGGGAAAUAUUUCUCAGGUGAUGCUGACUUUUAAAAGCCAUGCCAUGCAGCAUCUUCUCAGCUAAGUUUGUAACCAAUUUGUCACAUUUUCCACUCUUUAUUAGAACAAAACUGACCUCAAAAUGUUCAUCGUAUGGUCAGAUAUCUGGGAAUAAUUUCCACCAGAGGUUGUUGACAUUGUAUGUCUCUGGUAUUGUCCAGCAAUAGGGGAAAACCUUGGAGGUUAUAUUGCAAAAAUAAGUGCCAAGGAAUUUUAUGCAAUUUUCAACUAUGUUUCAUCAAAUGAUAUUUCAUAAGUUAAUGUUAAUGUAUGGAUUACAUUA